AUGGAUGACGCGCCCCCCCUUUUGACUGAACUCGAAAACGAGUACUGCCCACCUCUAGACCCCGCACUUUUCGUUGCCAUUGUGGGCGAUUAUGACCUUAAUGACGAGUCCGCUAUCCAGCAGCUGCGCGAGACCUUAGACACACUAAAGAUAUCUGCAAAUGAGCAAGAAGAUGCCGUGUUUGACCCGUCUGGAACAAGUGGGUUCGACUUUCUGGAGGAUGCAUCAGGUAUUGCAUCCGCGCAAAGCGAAUCACAGACGCUAGGAUCGCAUGAAACAAACACAACAAGCCUGGGAUCGAAUUUCUCAUCACUCGGCGCAGAACUGGAUAGCAAUUCUGGACGGAAGCCCGACAGUAUUAAUGGCGCUUCAAAACAGUCAGGAGACUCCACAACUUCCAUUAAAGGGUUGAGCAAAUUAAGUUCAGAAGAUCAAGCAACAUACCUCAAUGAGAUGUUUCCCUCAAUCGACCGAUUUACUGUUUUGCAUACACUCGAGAAAAGUGACGGAAACGUUGAUAGGGCGAUGGAUGUUCUUUUAAACCUGUCUUUCUUUGAGGAUAGUCAGACUUCCGGCACCAAGGAAGAUUAUAUCUCGAUUCCUAAAGGCAUUGAGGGGUUCGAACACACAUCCUGCAGUAAUAAGGGACGCAGAAGAGCCAAGAAGAACAAGAACAAGCAGCAACUGCAGCAGCUAUCAGAGUCCGAUCUCUCACAGAACUCCUCAAGCGAUAGCAGCGGGCCCAAACCCGAGAAUAGAUGGGAUAACGGAAAGAAAGAUAUGGAGUUUAUCUGUUCGAGGACAGUCUUGACUAUGGUUACUGUUAGUUCAGCAUACCAUCUGAAUGGUGCCUCUCUACCGGCAACGAUACGCACCCUGGCAAGGGAUGAAGCCCAGAAGUGUUCAGAGAAAGACAUGGAGGAUGCGGUUACCCGUACCCAAGUUACUGAACUCCAGGAGGAAUUUUCAGCCAUUGCACCGAAAGAUCUCGCCGCUCUCCUAAGGCUAACGAGGAACUGCAUCUCCGCUGCGAAUGAGCUAGCAAGAAUAAUGGUAAUAGAUCCUAUACCAAAUCUUUUGCAGCCAGUGUAUAGGGCAGCUGAGCCAUCUGCGCCACUCCACACUACUACAAACCGUAAAUCUUCUAGAGUGCCAUCUGUUCCACCAGCAACAGCCGCGAGACCAAAUUACAACCCCGCCAUUAGCCGUGCCAUCGCAGACAGACAUCUCAUGGCGAGCCAGCAGGCAUUCCAGAAAGCCCAUUCUGCCUAUCGUCGUGGAAAAUCAGACCGCCUCAUGGGCGGCGCAGCAGGAUAUUACUCUUCUAUUGGCCGCGAACAUUUUGAAAAGGCCAAGAGAGAAUCUGCCGUUGCUGCAGAUGCACUAGUCUACAGCCAGUCAACCAGCAAUGUCCUAGACUUGCAUGGUGUCAGCGUCCAAGAUGCCGUGCGAAUCGCGAAGGAGGGUGUGGAAUCAUGGUGGGAAUCCCUAGGCGAUGAUAAGUAUUCCAACCGCAUGCGUGGACGGCCAGGAGUGCAGAGCUACCGAGUUGUCACCGGGCUUGGACGCCACAGUAAGAAUGGCACUGCGAGGCUAGGCCCCGCUGUUGCGCGGUGUUUGGUUAGAGAGGGCUGGAAAGUAGAAGUUGAGCGGGGCGCGCUGAUAGUGACUGGCUUGGCCGGACACCGAUGA